AUGCCGUCAAAACAGUCUGCUCCAAACAAAACAGGUGGAAACCUCUUGGAAGUGUUUGACUGCGAUUUUAAGACUCUCUACCUGAUGCCGUCUCACCUGGUGGUGCACACACCGCCGGCACGCCUUAAUAUUUCCCGACUCGUUAAGUGCCGUAGCUACAAACCAAACGAGUGGGGUUCGUGUUCAAAGGGAGAAAACUGUCGCUUUGUUCACGCGAAUGUGGACUAUUUAACGCUGGAAUCCAAACCCAUCCAUGUGAACUAUAUCUGGCGUGACGAGGAGCUCUGCAUUUAUGAGCGGCUUCCUCCGGGUGAUGUACUUGAGGUGUACUCGCGGAACAAGAGUAAAAAGCCUGAUUUGAUUCCAAGUGAACGUAUUCUCGUGACUCGACGAGCGUUGUUGUACCGAAAGGACACCACUCGGUCUCUUUCUCACUGUGCCCACUAUUACUGUGAUAGGAUAUGCAACCGCGGUAAAAAUUGUGACUUUAUUCAUGCAGUUUACGUGGACCCGAAUGUUGCGAGUGACUUUAAACGUCCCCCUGCACGGAUGAUGUCACGGUUUUAUGCCUCCGCAGAUCCUUUGAAAAUGGAUAAUUUGGACUUUCAAGCACCAUGGACAAACCAAAUAAAUUCGUCUUUGCUUUCCCAUAGAUGUCCUUCGCCGAAGGAAGAUGUUGCUUCCCAGCUGCUUUCCAACACACAAACCUCAGAUUUUUUGCCUUUCAAUGGGGAACCACGAGAGGCGACUGUCUUCAGUAUGAAUGCCUCUCAAUCGUCAAUUGGAGGUGCAAGGUCUUUGCCCCUCACCGCUUUGGGUAAGAGCUUUACGAAGAGCAUAGAUUUUUCCGGUGCCGGCAAUGAUAGUCUUAGGGAGGAAAAUGUUUCCAGGAAGGCGAAAUAUGUACAACCUUCUGCACUUGGAGCCCAUACUCCGGUAACUCAAACGCCCAUGAUGUUCUCAUUGGUUUUGUCGCACGACUUACAUGGAGCCCUACCGCUCUCUGAUGGUGGUAUGAACAACAUCUCUUCCGCUCCAUACAAGGCGUUUGACGCAUCUAGCGGGCAAAGUUUCUUGGGGGGCUUAGAUGGUCUCACCGUUUCUCCUCCCGCAUCUUUGCAGGGUACCGGAAAUUUAUCGGUUUUUUCCACUGCGUCAGCUUCUUAUCAGAUGCCUUUUAACUCUGGCCACGAGGCUAGUUUUGCAGUGUGUCGUGGCGUCAUUGGUGAAGCUAAGGAUGUAGAAAGACCUUCAGGUUCUAUGGAAAGGUCUACUCGCGUUUACCGCCACAAUCCCUAUAAGUCUAUCGAUAAGUUUCAAGAGUUUUUUGGGGGUGCAAAUGUGGAAAAAUAA